UUCCAUUGAGAAAAAAAGGGGGGAACAGCUGCGGGGCUCCGCCGCUGCCGGCCGCGAGGAGAAGGCAGGACGGGAGGGAGGGAGGGAGGGGGGCGGGCCAGGCGGGACUCCGGCGCCCGAGACCCCCGCGCCGAGCCCACCGCAGCCAGGAGGACGCCCGCUGCCCGGAGAAGCCGCGCCAGGCUGCCGCUGGCCAGCCCCGCUCGCCGGCGCCCGGGGGGGGCAUGAGCGCCGGCCGCCUCCCGCUGCAGCCCGACCCAGCCGCCGCCGCCGCCGCCCCGCGAUGUCCAGGAGGAAGCAGAGCAACCCCCGGCAGAUUAAACGCACCUUUGGUGAAAUGGAGGAAGGGGAGGAAGCAACUCUGGAGGACAACGGCCACUCGGAGAGAGAGAGCGGCGCCUCAGACCGGGAGGGUUCCAUGGAGGGCGAGUCGUCCAGUUCCCCUUGCAGCGAAGAGGCAGAGCCCAAAGAGAAUUCAGCCAGUCCCGCGGAGCCCGAUAAACAAGAGAUUCUGGAGGAACUCCAGGAGCCAGACACGUGGAAUGGGCCAGGUGAACUGGAGCUGACAGCAUCUGAGGACAAGAGCAAAGUCUUUGCCCGGCAGAACGUACCUGAGGGCUUGUCCUGGGGUCCCUACCAGGGGAACAUCCACACCGAACCAGCGCCUUCUCCCGGGCACGGUGAGACGCCGAACCCACCCGUGACCUUGGUGUUAGAAGAUGAGAGUUGCUGGAUCUCGAAGCUGCCGUUGGUUUCCGGAGAAGGAGAGGCCAACGUGGUGAUCUAUAAAAAGGAUGACUCCAUCUGGUGCAAGACCACCAAGGCCAUCCCAGAAGGAGACUCCCUGAACGCCUUCGUCAUGGCCGAACCGAUGGGCAUCCCCAACCAUGCUGUGAAAACUGAGCCCGGAGAUCUCGCUGGCCCGGCGGUGCUGCCCUCUGAGAUACAGCUCCUGCCCCAGCAAGCGGGGAUGGCCGCCAUACUGGCCACCGCGGUCGUCAACAAGGACGUCUUUCCUUGCAAAGACUGCGGCAUUUGGUACCGGAGCGAACGGAACCUCCAAGCUCACCUGAUGUACUACUGCGCCAGUCGCCAGAAUGUCACGUCGCCGGCGGUGGAUGAGAAACCCAAGGAAGCCUACCCCAACGAGCGCGUCUGCCCUUUCCCGCAGUGCAAGAAGAGCUGCCCCAGCGCCAGCUCUCUGGAGAUACACAUGCGCAGCCACAGUGCCAACUGCGAGCGCCACCUGAAGGUCCACACAGACAUACUGAAUGGAGUCUGUCACAGCUGCGGCUUCAUCUCCACCACCCGAGACAUCCUCUACAGCCACCUGGUCACCAAUCAUAUGAUUUGCCAGCCGGGCUCCAAGGGGGAGAUUUAUUCCCCCGGCUCCUCAGUUCCUGCCACGAAAACACUCACCCCAGGUCUGGGCACCCUGAGUCCCUCUCCCACUCUGAAGUGCACCUUCUGCGGCUACGCGGCCGACAGCUUGCCCGGCCUCCAACAGCAUGUGGUUUUGCACAGCGCCACGCCCAUGGUUCUGCCCAACUCAGAGCCCAACCAGCCAGAGACCCCCAUCAAGGCAGUUCUGGCCCCCCCUGCUGAGAAAGCGGAGGACGGCUCCCCUCGACAAGAAGGAAGCCCCUCAGCCUCGUCGAUUGAGAUGGUGCGAGUCAAGGAGGAACCUGUGGAUGACGAGGAAACCCCCAAACAGAUCUCUCCCGCAGGCUCGACUUCUGCCCCUGAGCCAGAACCGGACACCACCUCUCAGACAUCUUCUCCACACAGCCUGGCCUCUGUGAAGGUGAAGUCUGAGAUGGCCAGCCCCACGCCGGGGUCCAGCCCGGUGCCCAGUGAGCAGGGGUCAGGCACGUCCGGGGGCACCAUAUUUCUGCCGCAAUACGUGUUCGGCCACGAGGCAGCGGUGGUCCCUCAAGCGUCGGAGAUCUUGGCAAAGAUGUCUGAACUGGUGCACAGCCGGCUGAAGCAAGGCCAGACUGGGGUGCCCCCCACCCUCUUCCCUGGCACCCCGGUGCCCAAGGGUGCCACCUGCUUCGAGUGCGAGAUCACCUUCAACAACAUCAACAACUACUACGUCCACAAGCGGUUGUAUUGCUCCAGCCGCCGCGGGGCAGAGGAGAGCCCCCCUGGCCCCCGCAAGCUGAAAGCUACUCUGUCGGCUACCCCGAAAGGGCCCCCCAUGCCUGCGGUGCUCCUGUCCACCCAAGCUGCUGGAGAGGCUCAGGCGAUGCAGGAGGGAGAAAUGGGGAGAUGCAGCCCCCCACUCGUCCCAGAGAUCAAGCAGGAGAUCAAGGUGGAGGAGGGGGGGACGAAGGCGAGCCCCUCCCCGGAGACUGACGGCACCGGCCGGACGACCGAGGACAGCCAGAGCCCCGGGGGCAGCUCCGUGGAAGAGCCGGACGACGACCCGAGUCGGACCGUGUGCGAAGCCUGCAACAUCCGCUUCAGCCGGCACGAGACUUACAUGGUGCACAAGCGCUAUUACUGCGCCUCCCGCCACGACCCUCCUCUGCGCCGCAGCAGCGCCAGCAAAGUGCGUCAGCCUUCCUGCCCGCAGCGCCGGGAUCCGCUUUCGUGACCUCGGGUAUAGCGACGCUUAAGCUGUAAUGCCAGGAUCCACGGGGCCGCCGGCCAGCUCGGCAGCGCCUCGGACGCCCCACGCCCUGAGGCUCCCGCCGUGGUGCCGGCCCUCAUUUCCAUAGUCAAAACGACCCCCUCCCCCAGUUCGAGCCCCGAUGCGGAGGGGCCCAUUGACCUCAGCAAGAAGCCCCGCCUGCACAGCGGGGAGGGGCUGCCGGCCUCCCUCCUCCCCCUGGCGGACUACCACGAGUGCACUGCCUGCCGCAUCAGCUUCCACACCCUGGAUAGUUACCUGGCGCACAAGAAGUACUACUGCCCGGCCACACCGUUGCAACCCAGCACGUUAGAGCAGCUGCAAAAGAUCAAGGGGGCCGUCCCGCCCCUCCUGAAACCUCGAGGCAGCCCGGACCGACUGAGCGAGGAACACGAAGGGGUGCCGGUCAAAGUCGAGAAGGCGCUGGCCUCGUUGAGCCCCGUGGCCCCGCCGGCCCCCUACCCCGGCAUGGAGUCGCUUCAGCAGCGCUACCUGGAUGCCAAAGCCUUGCAACUCCACGCUGCUAAGGUGCCCCUGGCCGUGUGCCCCUACUGCCCGCUGAACGGGGCGAUUAAAGGGGACCUGGAGGAGCACUUCCGCAACGCCCACGGCCUCUUCGUUGCCAAAACGGUGCCUGGUGCCACGUUGAUAGAAGCCGCCGCGCGGACGCUGGCCGAGAGCAGCUUGCUCUCCCCACUUCCCACCACGACCACCACCUCCCCGCCACGGCCCCUCCCUCGGCUGCGAAAGGACAGCUCCAAUGGCAAAGAGGCUCCCGUCCCUUCAGUGUCCAACGGGAGUCCGCGGCCCACCAUCUCCCCCCAGCCCCUUCUCCCCGUCUCCCCUUCCGCCCCCCCGACCGUGUCUCCUCUACCGGAGGCGUCCCCUCCUGCCCCUCCUAAGUGUACGGACAAAAGCGUGCAGACCCCACCCGGCAAAGGGCUCCCCGCCCCCAUCGCCAACGGCAACCACAGGUACUGUCGCCUGUGCAAUAUCAAAUUCAGCAGCCUGUCGACUUUCAUCGCCCAUAAGAAGUAUUACUGCUCUUCACACGCGGCCGAACACGUCAAAUAGCACUUUGGUUGCUCCUGGCUCUGCCAGCGUGGAAGCCCAGCUCCCCAGAGCAACCGGUCAAGACGGACCCCUCCGCAGUUGGGGGUCAAAAAAUGCAGAAGGACCGGCUUGCACUCGGAGUACCUGAGGGGAGGGGGGGGUCUGCUGGUGGCGCUGGAGAAGGACAGCCGAGGGGCCACGGAGCUGGGGACUGUCCCUCAGGGUCAGAGGGAGGCAGUGAAGUGUUCCUCUCCAAGCAAGGCUCCCAUCUGACUGGGGGGUACAGUGGCAAAGACACACACACCCCUGAAGACCAACUCCCAUGGAGGGCUCUUCUGCCCCCUUUUCCACCUGGGGAGUGUUGCGGGGGGGGGAGCCGUCUCUGCUUCAGCUCAGCUUAGGGUGGGGCCUGACCUCUCCUGGCUUGACCUUCUUGACCUGGAACCCUUGAGAGCCAGCGUGGUGUAGUGGUUAAGAGCAAGUGCACUCUGAUCUGGAGAACCAGGUUUGAUUCCCCGCUCUGCCACUUGAGCUGUGGAGGCUGAUCUGGUGAACCAGAUCAGCUUGUG